UUAACCAUGUCAUCAUCAUACCAGAAGGAAAGAAGGAAGGUGAAAGCAUGUUGGACAUAAAUCUAUUUAGGGAGGAAAAGGGCAACAACCCGGAAAUUAUAAGCGAAUCUCAACGUCAACGGUUUGCAGAUGUAGAGAUUGUUGAUGAAAUUAUUCAUCUUGACAAGAAGUUGCGAAAACGUCAAUACAAGCAUGAACAGCUGCUCAAAGUCUUUAACAAUAUCAACAAAGAAGUGGCUAAACUUAGCAUUGUAAGUCUUUUGUUUGUUUUCACAUGGCCCGGGGAAGAUGCAAGUUCCAAGAUUAAAAAUACAGAGGAAAUCAAGGACUCAAUUGCAAAGAAAGGUGCUAAGGUUCAGGAGGCCCGUGCAACAUUAUAUUCAAAAUUGAGCAUGGUUGGGAAUCUCGUGCAUGAUUCAGUUCAUGUUAGCAAUGACAAGGCAAAUAAUGUUGUUGUUCGGACAUGGGGAGAGAAAAGAACAGAGCCAAAACUAAAAAAUCAUGUCGAGCUUAUGGAACUUCUUGGAAUUGCUGAUCUAGAAAAUGGUGCUAAGAUAGCUGGCAAGGGUGGUUUUUGUUUAUUAGGCGAUGGUUUGCAUCUAAAUUUAGCUCUUAUAAAGUUUGGUCUUGAUUUUCUGGAGGAAAGGGGUUUCACAUCAUUACAAACUCCAUCGUUUAUGACGGAAAAUAUAAUCGGAAAGUGUGCUCAUUCAGUCCAAUUUGAUAAAGAGCUUUACAAGGUGACAGGUGAAGGUGAGGAUAAGUAUCUGAUUGGUACCACUUCACAACCACUUUGUGCUUAUAACAUAGAUGGCCGGGUUCAUCCAACAGAGCUACCAAUAAGACAGGUGGGAUAUUCAACUUGUUUCCGGAAAGAUGCUGGCUCAGAUGGAAUAUUCGACGCUUCUCAGUGUGAGAAAGUUGAACAGCUGUGCAUCACCAGCCCAAAUGGCAAUGACUCAUGGGACAUGCAUGAGGAGAUGAUAAAAAACUCUGAGGAGUUUUAUCAAAUGUUGAAACUGCCAUAUCAUAUAGUGUCUGUAGUCUCUGGUGCCCUAAAUAACGCUGCAGCAAAGACGUAUGAUUUGGAAGCAUGGUUUCCUGCUUCUAAUAAUUACAGACAAUUGUUGUCGUGUUCAAACUGCACUGAUUACCAGUCGAGAAAGUUGGAGCUCAGAUUUGGGCAGAAAACGAAGCAGAGUAAACCAUGUGUUGCAUUCUUGAGAAUUACCAAAGGGAGGAUGGUGUUGAAGUGCCCAAAGUGUUACAGCCAUAUAUGGGUGGAAAGACGUUCAUGCCUUUUCAAGCUCCUCCUGCUGAUAAAGAAACAAAAGCUACUAAGACUCAGAAUCAAAAUUUUGUGCAGCCCACAGGUCACAAGUUUGGAGCAAACAGUGGCGGAGCCACUCUUGGUGAAGUGGGGUGUAUGA